AGAGAUUAAGGUUUUAAUUUGGAGUAAAGUGAUUGAAGAAUGGCAAGUAAAGUGGAAUAAUGGGAAAAAGGGAAGAUUUUUUUACAGCUUAAUUAAUAAAGUAAGUCAGAAGAUAAAAUGUAUAGGUAAAUCAAGGAAAGAAGAGGUUAUUUACAAUAGAAUAAUGUUAGGUCAUUCUAAUUUAAAUAGCACACUUAAAAUUAUAGGGAAACAUCCAAACGGGUUAUGUGAACAAUGUCAUGUUGAAGAAACAAUACCUCAUGUGAUUCUUGAAUGUAUUAAGUAUGAACAAGAAAGGAACAAUAUGAUAGAAGAAAUAAAGAAAAAUGGAAUUCAACAACUAAAUUUUAAGGUUUUAAUAAAAUGGUCAAGUGAAAUUAAUAGUAAAGCUUUCUUUGGUUUUAUUAGGGAGACGGGGCUGAUAAAUAGAAUAUAAAUGUCCGUCUGUUCCACACUCCGGAGCAGAAGGUGGCGGUAAUGCACCUAUUACGCUGGUUGCCAGCCGCCGUUGAAAACCAAGAAGAAGAAGAAGAAGAAAAAGAAGAAGAAGAGCCCUGACGCACACUGAGAAUGUUGCGAGCGUUAAAAGGUAAACAUGCCUCCAUGUUAUACUUGCAGAUAAAUAGCAUAAAAAUGAACUCUAGGUAGGUGUUAGAGAUGGAGUGAAAUACUCAGUAAUUUCAGAUCCGCAGUGCAAAUUCUCUCCCAAAUCUGUACAGCACAGCUGUCUGACCCUCACCCUCAUGAGAAAGAGGAAGUAAAAGCUACGGGAAGUUUUACAGGAAAUUGUUAAUGGCGGUUGAGAGCAGAACCUCCUAAACUCAUCAACUUUAUCUAAAUCACAAGAAAUAUUCUUCCAGAUCCAAGAAAAUCUGCAGACACUCAGCAAGAGUCUUACAGGCAUCAUGACCCUCCUUUGUAUUUACAUCUUAUGGGUCGCUGCCUGUGUGGACUCCAUCAGUGCAGAUUCUCUCGUUACUGUAUCAGCUCGAGUGGGUUCCACAGCCGUCCUGCCAUGUAACCUGAGAAAGGAGUUCACAGAAACACCACACGUUCGAUGGCGCACCGAUGUUGAUGUUGUGUUUGACCGAAGCAGUGAUGGUAAGUAUAUAGGCCCAGGAUAUGAAGGACGUGUGGACGUUCCUGUAGACGAACUGCGUAAAGGAAACUGUUCCCUGGUGUUGAAGAACGUCAGAAUCACUGAUGACGGUGCCUAUAGAUCCUUUGUGGUGGAAUCCUUGGACAGAACUAACACAGACAAAAUGCAAGAUAUCAGCAGGGUUAAACUCUCAGUUGAUGCUUUUCAGAUAUCUGCUCAAGUGGGUUCCACAGUUGUCCUGCCAUGUGAAUGGAGCGAUCUGUCCAUCCAAACACCUCAUGUUGAGUGGUAUAUCGAUUCCCAGACUGUGUUUGAGCGAAAGGGUAAAGACUCAUUACAGGGUGAGGGAUAUGAGGGUCGCGUGGACGUUCCUGAGGAUGAGCUGCUUAAAGGAAACUGUUCCCUGGUGUUGAAGAACGUCAGUGCUACUGAUGCUGCUGUCUACAGAAGCUCCAUGUUAGUGAAACAGAAAAACAGAAAAUUGGUCCAGAAAGUUGAACUCUCAGUCUACGAAAAACCUGAAGAGAAGAAAGAUCAAACAUCAAGUGAAGCUGGAAUAAAUUGCUCUUGCCCGCUGGUCCUCAUCAUUUCCCUCUUUAUGUGUUUUCUCUUCUCACGUUGAGGAAACAUCAGUGUGAUCUGCCUGAGUACAGAGGCUUCUGUGAGCCCAAGAGAUCCAGCUUACAGAAUAGACUUAUUUAUUAUUGAAAAAGAAACAAGGAAGAUUUCAGUGUUUCAUCUACAUUGUCAACAAUCAGAAGCCAUGGGUAGACUGAUCCAUGCGGAAAGCUCUGAACGAGCGCAUAGCUGCCUACAACGCAGGGCUGCAGACCAGCAACAUGGACGAAUACAAAGCGGCGUCCUACAACCUGAGGAAAAUGGUGAGGGAAGCCAAAAGGAAAUACAGGGACAAGAUUGAGACCCAGUUUAAGCAGGCAGAUUCCAGGUGUCUGUGGCAGAGCAUGCAAACUGUUACAGACGACAAACCCAAGCCCCCCACCAUUAAUAACGGCAGUGCCUCCCUAGCCAACGAAUUGAACAUCUUCUAUUCAUGGUUUGAGGUUACCAGCACAGACCAGGAAAACCAUGAGUAUGAACCAUCAGGUCUAGCUGGGGAACAGGAAAGACUGGUCAUUACAGAACUGGAUGUGAGGAAGGUGCUACACGAAGUUAACACCAGAAAAGCAUGCGGUCCGGACAACAUCCCUGGAUGUGUGCUAAAAGUCUGUGUUAACCAACUAGAACCUGUCUUUACCAUCAUCUUUAACCUCUCCCUCAAGCAGAGAGCUUGAGGCCCAUUUGAACACAUCUACAUGGACUUUAUUGACAUGACAGAAAAGAAAGAAGGGGAAAGGUACUGUCUAGUAGUGGUAGACAGAUUCUCUAAGUGGGAAGAAGCCUUUCCAUCCAACCACAAUGAUGCACAGACAAUUGCUAAAUGUUUAGCAUAAACAUUUUAUGCUUUAUAUAUAUUUUACAUUUUGGGAGUGAAAUUUGAACACACUAACAUACAUAGCAGUUAUGGUCAUGUGACCUUUAUUCAACAACAUUGCCCAUAGCAACACAAUUAUAGUGCCAUAAAGCCACACACACCUCAUUAUGUUUUUUUAUUACUAUUAGUAUUAUUAUUAUUAUUAUACAGUUUUAUCUGGGUGAGGAGCCAUUUUGAGAUUAUGGGCUAUCACUGUCAGUUCUGACAUUCCUACAUGGGAAUAUGUAGAACAUAUUGUAGAGCUAAAAGUUAGUUUCUCCUCCAGCUCAACACACUGACACUUCCAGGAUCUUUUUUCUGUUAGACUGUAAAUAAAAACUGACUGUAAAUAAAACAGAUAUUGAUUGGUCAA